AUGUCGCAAGAGCCCGAGAAUGAGGUCCCUGCCGAUGAGCUGCUGGUCCAUGGCCGCGCAAAGAGAGCCACCGCCGGCAACCGCAUGCACUUCCUCAUGCAACAUCUCGAAGACGAAGACGUGCGAAACGACCUGCUGCAAGAAGACGAGACGGACCAGAUAGACUAUCAACUCUCCGACACCGAAGACGUCGCCUUUGGCUCCAGCGACGACGAAGACGACGACCAAGAAAGAGACGAAGACCAAGGCGAGAAAAGAGCUGCAAAGCAGGAGCGCCAGGAGGCUCGCAAGAAGAAGCGCAAGGCCAACGACUUUGCCAACAUGCCGCUUAACCCUCUGAUGAAACGCCAAAGACUUGCCCACACCAAUUCGCUGCUCGCGCCCCGUCCGCGCAAAAAGUCCGAACGCAUCUCCUGGCUACCCACCCUCGACGAUGCCCCGACACGCCAGUCGCGUCGUCGCCAGACCGUCGCAAACAAGGAACAGACAGAAGCCAAGCUGAAGGAGAGUCAAAAGCGCUCGGAAAAGGCUCACGAGCUGAUGAAGAUUGCUGCCGAGAAGAAGGCUGCCUCUGCCGUGCCAGCUCUCACCCAAGAAGACCGCAUGAAGAGGGCGCUGAAGGUAGAAAAGGAGAACAGCAGGACCCUCAAUCGCUGGGAGAAGGCCGAGGAGGAACGUCAACUUGCUCAACAGAUGAGACUUGAAGCCUUGCGAGACCGACAACUCGAAGGUCCUGUCUUCAGGUACUGGAGUGGUUCCGUCAUGUGGGAAGGGGAAAAGAUCAAGGUCAAGCGUGUGCACCAACCGAGGGUCGAAGCCGUGAAGGAAAUCACACUGCCUCAAGCUGCAGCGACUGAGACCGACAAGACAACAAAUCUGGAAGUUAAGCCCGCGCAGGAGUCAGAAACACAGCAGGACGAAGACACAACCAUGGUAGAUGCCACAGCUGAGUCAAUAUCUGCUGCAUCACCAGAUCAACAAGUAAAACAGCCUUCAAAUACGGAAAAGGAUGAAGGCAUAACACCAAAAGCUACAGUCGAAACAACCCAAACGACGAUACAAGAUGUGGUGGAAAACGCUGAAGCAAACACGCCAAAGUCUUCUGAUGAGACAACGAUUGAGCAGAAGCCUGUCGGGAAUAAGAUGUCUGAGCAUGAGCAAACCGAGCUAGACAAGACCCAACCAUCCACUGCUCCUGCUCCUGAACAAAAGUCACCAUCGUUCUUGGACGGCAUUCAUUACUGGGCUUCCCAAUCACCAGAGGCUACUGCGCAAAAGAACAAGACUCCAGCCUUACAAACCCCUACACCGGCAUCAGCUCCCGAAGGCCAACCCAUCGAGACAGCACCCGCCGAGACACAACCUAUACAACCAAAUGUGGCAGACGAGCCUCUUGCAACAGCGGUCGUCGAUCCGACUAAACCACCCACCACUCAAGAUUCCACUCUACAGCCUACAGACCCUACACAACAAUCUUCAACACCCUUCGACGUGUACCCUCAAGUUCAGCCCGANGACGGCUCCCCUGCACCUCCACCAUCCAUCCCCUUGAUGCGCGAACAAGCCCAACGCUCCCUCAUAAUCCUCGAAGCCUUUCCCUCCCUCGAAAUCGCACCACCCAUNUACCCCCUCCAACAAAAAGUCCACCACAACUACCUCCUUACUCUCCUCCAUCCUCCUACCCUCCUCUCAACCCACUCUCACCCCCGCAGAGUCCAAAUACCUCACCUCCAAAUCCGCAAAAAGAAGGAAUUUCUGCCUCCCCCACCGCCAAAACCUGUAUGCAGUAUCACAGCCAAAGCGGCAAAGUACAAGGACCCAGCAACGGGGUUGGCGUAUCAAGGCUUGGAAGCCUAUAAAGCUAUCCAAAGGGUCAGUGCUGGGGGAUGUAGAUGGGGAGGGUCUGGGUGGGAUGCCUGGAUGGGAAUCUUGGGGGAGGGUGUUAUGGGGAGGGUUGCCAGGGGUGUACCUGAGUGUUUUGUUACGGGCGUGGUGAAGAGGAAGGAGAAGGAGAAGGAGGUGAAGAGUGAAGAGGGUGGGAAGGAGGGUGCGGGUGUGCCUGUUGCUCCUGUUGCUCCUGUUGCCACAACAGCUGCUCCUGUUGCUCCUAUGGCCUCGGUCGCACCUGCGUCUUCUGUGACCACACCGGCCAAUACCCCCUCAUCAAAGACAUCCUAG